ACUGGAGCAUCAAUGCCUUUUUCCCCUGCUUUUUCACCUGCUUUUGAUUCUUUCGUUACUUUCGGAUUACCUGCUGUGUAUAAUGUAAAAUAGGCGAGGUGGGAGCUCAGAUUUAGUCCGCUUGCUGUGCUGGUACGAGAGAGAGAGAGAGAUGGUGGGCUAGCUGAGAUUCUUGGGGUUGGAUUCUUUAUGGUAAUUGUGUGGUAGUAGAGUGCAGCUCAGUCGGUCAUCUUGAGAAUUUGAGGAUAGUUGAGCAAAUUCAAAAGUUCACUGGGGAGGAACAGAAUCGAUGGGAAUUUUUGGCAACUGGGUAUUCUCUGUGAUGAUCAAAUUGCGAGAUAGUAGAGUUCAGCUCAGUCGGUCAUCUUGAGAAUUUGCGGUAAUUGAGCAAAUUCAAAAGUUCACCGGGGAGAAACAGAAUCAGUGCGAAUUUUUGGCAACUGGGUUUUCUCUGUGGUGAUCAAAUUGCGAGAUAGUAGAGUUCAGCUCAGUCGGUCAUCUUGAGAAUUUGCGGUAAUUGAGCAAAUUCAAAAGUUCACAGGGGAAAAACAGAAUCAGUGGGAAUUUUUGGCAACUGGGUUUUCUCUGUGGUGAUCAAAUUGCGAGAUAGUAGAGUUCAGCUCAGUCGGUCAUCUUGAGAGUUUGCAGUAAUUGAGGAAAUUCAAAGUUCACAGGGGAGAAACAGAAUCGUAUGCUGUAGUCUCAUGCAAAUGCGGGUAAAAGCAAUAAUCCUUGCAAAAAAUCAAAAGUCCAUAAGAUGCAGGGACCAGAAUCUGAUCAGUAUGCUGUGAAUUUCCAUGAAGAGGAUGAGGACUUCAGGGAGAAAAUGAAGGAGUUGCAGGGCUAUAUCGAGAUGAGACUGCAUUAUAAUGCCACAGCACUCUUGGCAUCUCUCCACUGCUUCUGUAACGUUAAAGGUACAGCAGAUUGUGAAACCGGGGUGCUCUCCGGAGGUGGUGGAGGUGGCAUUGCAUUCCAUGGCCUCCCUUGUCGAAUUCCUUUCCUCUGUAUCCUCCAAGACGGAGCUUAUUUCUUCACUUUAACUCGCAAAUUCGGUGCUGCUAGUUAAAAGGAAUAUGCAGCUACAAAGUUUGUGUGUUUCUAGGUGUAGUUUAGCUAGACGCACAUACCCACUGAAACGGGUAAAAAAGGUGCACGGUGCAUUGGCGGGUGAGAGAUUCGGUUGUAGGUUGAAAAUUGGAGCAGGGAAGGCAAUUGGCAUGUGUAUCGUAUAAGCUACAUUGUGGUUAAAUUCUGUCAAGAGUGACAGUAGUUCAUGAACCUUAAGUGAUGGUUUGUACCAUGAAUGUCGGGCGACGCGAUGUUAAGUUCUAAUUGAAGUCGUUUCCAACUUCAGCAA